AUGAACGAUUUGGUCAAUAUCUCGUUGAGAACCGCAUUCUCUGCCAUUUUUAAUUUGACCGUCUCAUCUUGCUCACGAUUCUACAAUGGCGGACGCAGCUCCAGCCGGGGACGCGGCCGCGGUCGUGGUAGAGGCCGUGGACGUGGGAAGGAAGACCAAAAAGAAUGGGUACCAGUAACCAAGCUUGGCCGUCUCGUACGCGAAGGAAAGAUUGACAAACUGGAGAGCAUCUACCUAUUUUCUCUGCCCAUUAAAGAGUUCGAGAUUAUUGACUUUUUCUUGGGUGCUUCGCUCAACGAUGAAGUGCUAAAGAUUAUGCCCGUACAAAAGCAGACCCGUGCCGGUCAGCGUACACGUUUCAAGGCAUUUGUAGCCAUUGGAGACAACAAUGGACACAUUGGUCUUGGUGUUAAAUGCAGCAAGGAAGUAGCUACUGCUAUCAGGGGUGCUAUCAUUCUAGCAAAGUUGUCCGUUUUGCCAGUGCGCAGAGGUUACUGGGGUAACAAGAUUGGAAAGCCUCACACUGUACCAUGCAAGGUCACAGGAAAGUGUGGUUCAGUAACUGUAAGAUUGAUCCCUGCCCCUCGUGGUACUGGUAUUGUCUCAGCUCCUGUUCCCAAGAAGCUUCUUCAGAUGGCUGGUGUAGAGGACUGUUACACUUCUGCCAGAGGUUCAACUGGUACCCUUGGAAACUUUGCUAAGGCCACAUAUGCGGCUAUUGCAAAGACCUAUGCCUACUUGACUCCUGACUUAUGGAGAGACAUCCCAUUGACAAAGUCGCCAUACUCUGAGUUCAAAGUUUAA